AUGCCGUGUCCCAUCACCGUCUCCAAGUUCGUGGGAACGGUUUCCCUAGGCCUGUUGACUGGCCUUUCCUACACAACCACAACCGUAACCAUUCCCUCUCUAAAACUCCUCCCCACUUCUACCUCUGCGGCGCGCUCCCUCACCGAAGCCAAACGCCUCUCCCGCAAGCACUCCUUCCGUCUCACCAACGUCGCCAACACGACCCUGCUCCUGGCCUAUCUCGUCUCCCCGCGCCACCGCAAACACCCCUACCUCGUGUGGAUGUGUCUGGCCUCGGCUCUGGGCUCGUACGGCAUCGACUACUGGUUUAACAGACAGUCCGGGGUUCAGAACUGGGUGGUUAGUAUUUGGCAGGAGAGUUACUGUGCGUCUCUGCUUGGAAAGGGUGUGCCAGGGAAGAAGGAGGAGGAUAUUGUUGUUGUGGAGGCAGAAGAGGGUGGUGUUAAUGGAGAGAGGGUACAGGAGGAGAUGGAGGAGGAGAGAGUUGCCCAUUUGGUGAGAGGAGUGUUUUCGGGGGCUGCGUUGGCGAUGGGGAUUGUUGGGCUUUGGGGCGAUAGGAAGUGA